CUGGCGCUCGAUCCUGGGUAAAGGCGGACUGGUCACCGCUGCCCUCAUAUUCAUUGUGAUUUCAUAUUUUCCGAUAGCAACGGCAGCGUUCUGGGCCACUAUAAACACAGGCAUCAACCUAAGUACAGCAUAAGAGCGUCCAGAGACCCUCCCUUUCAUCCAGCUCCUGUUGUUCUGCUCAGGGAUACGUUGAUUUGACUGCGUCCGAACAGGACAGGUACAGCAGGCAUGGCAUACCAGACUGAAGUGAUCAGCGCUCAGCCCCAAAUGACGGUCACCAGUUACACCCUGUCCUCUAGCCCCACCGACUGGAGCUCCAACGUAUGUGACUGCUGUGACGACUGUGGAAUCUGCCUGUGUGGGGCCUUUUUGCCCUGCAUUUUGGGCUGCAAGGUAGCCCAGGAUCAGGGGGAGAGCUGCUGCCUGCCUUUCCUCCCUGGAGCCUUGAUCGCCCUGAGAACCGGCAUACGUGGCAAAUAUAACAUCUCUGGCUCUAUCUGUGAUGACUGGAUGAUCAUGUCCUGCCUGCCUCUCUGUGGGCUCUGUCAGAUGGCCAGAGAGCAGAAGAUGAGGGGCUGACAUGGGAAAGAGAUGCGUAGUCAAUGACCAUGUGAAAGAGGAAGCGCUACUCUUACCAGGAAGUUUCUGGUCGUGAGGAGUUCACCUGAACUUUGACAAUGAAAGACUCACUGUCCAUGAAUGUCACUGAAACAACCUGACCGAAACACGACACAAAUUGGUUGCCAUGGUCCCUACCUACCUUCUGACUAGAAAGCCUUACCUGCAUGUGACAUUCCUCCUUAGAGCCUGAAUAUAGACAUCUGACAAACAUUUAGAACUAACAGUUUAAGAAAGAAACUGGCAAAACAUCAUCUGGUCAGAUGAUGGGACAUUGUGCCCUAAUCUGUGACUAAUUCUGUUGUCUAUGGGAAGGUACUCGUAAACAAUUAUUAUUAUUAUUAUUAUUGCCAAGUGAUUUUAUGUUUUAUCAGCAUUUCAAGCAGUAUGUUCUUGCAUGCACAUCUCACACAGGAAAAGUUUUCAAGCCAUCGACUCUCAUUUUUGCAAUGAAAAUGAAAGUUUCAGUAUAUUAAUCAGGUUGUCUGCUGUAAAUAAGAUAAGUUUAUCAAGCAUGCAGCCUUCAUACCUAAAGAUGUAGGUUGAAAAAAAUUCAAUUCACCCUAUGAAAAUAUAUUUUUUUAAAACAUAGAAACCCAUAGCACUAUUGCAGCAGCAUUGGAUCCGGCUGUUCUCAACACUGCAGACUGAAGUGACUUUCUUACAGUAGUUCUGAAAUAAAUACUGUGAUUAGGAUAUAUUAUGAUUUUAUUAAUUUAAUUUGAUAGUCAUGACAUUUACAUGACGUUAUGAAAAUAAGAAUCAUGUUCAAUGUCAUUGUGGCACGAUUUAGAAAUGUGUCUGUAAUGGAACAUAAUUUAAAUGCAUCAGUCUGUCUAGGCUGAAAACACUGCUGAUUAUUUUCAAUAAAAAAAUG